AUGCCGGAAGCCAUUGCAUCUGCACAUUCAUCAUCCCCCGUAUUUUCUACUUUUUUGAAGUUUAUCAAGACGAGUGCAAUUGUUGGUGCCUCGGCAGCAGUUCUGGCCUUAGUUGCGUUAUAUGCAUAUCAGUCUAAGAUCGUCUACCCGUCUGGAUUGAACAACGCUCGGGUGAAGGUGAGCACUCCAGAUGAAUACGGUUUACCGUACCGAGCAGUGAAUUUACGUACAAGGGACGGCGAGACUUUGCAGUCUUUUCUUCUUCUUCAUGAUAAAGAUGACCCUGGCUACAGUAACAAAACUGUUCUGGUGUUGAGCCCUAACGCUGGCAACAUCGGUCAUUUUUUGCCUGUUGUCAAAUAUAUUUACAAGUCUCUCAAUUACAACGUGUUUAUAUAUUCUUAUAGAGGCUACGGCAAGUCUACAGGCUAUCCCAGUGAGCAUGGGCUAAAGAUAGAUGCAGAUACAGCCAUGGAGUUUAUUUCUCACCAUCCUCAAUUGUCUCAAUCCUCUUUGGUUUGUUAUGGACGGUCGAUUGGAGGUGCAGUUGCCAUAUAUAUGGCUUACAAGUUUCCAACAUUGGUUUCAGGACUUAUAUUGGAUAAUACCUUUUUGAAUAUAAGGAAGUUGAUUCCAUAUAUCUUCCCUCUCUUGAAACCUGUAGCCUUUCUGUGCCAUGAAGUAUGGCCCUCAGAGGAAUACAUGAAGCAGAUUCCACCUCAAAUCCCUGUUCUUUUUUUAAGCGCUAAGAAUGACGAGAUUGUGCCUCCUGCACAUAUGAAGAAGUUAAAAGAGCUUAGUAAAGCCACCCAGAAGGUCUGGAAGGAGUUCGACGAUGCUCAUCAUAACGAUACAAUUACGUGUUCAGGCUACUGGGAGGCCUUCUACGACUUCAUGCAUGACAUGGUGACCCCUGUAGGCAGGUAG